UUUCGGAUCAGCUUAAUUAUCCCGCUCGAAACCAAUGGCUUUACACCCUUUGAACCUUCAUCGCAAGCUCCUCCAACUCCAAGCCACUCUCUCCACCCACUCCUUCGCUGCGGUGCAGUCAUCCUUCUAUCCGCCAUCUUUCAGUAUGAUGACUGCAGUUCUCAGAAGUCGCAGGCUCUUCUCCUUUGCUGCUCGACGACUCUACCCUCCUCGGUGCUUGUCGACUUCACUCCCCUAUGUUAAUGAGGAAGAGAAGUUCAGUUCUAAGGAGACAGGAACUAAGUGCAAUUUUAUUCAUCCAUCUGCAGUUGUUCAUCCAGAUGCCAUUUUAGGUCAGGGUGUUUCAAUUGGUCCUUUUUGUACUGUGGGACCUUCUGCAAAGUUGGGGAAUGCUUGUCGGCUAUAUCCUGGCAGCCAUGUUUCAGGAAAUACAGAACUGGGGGACAACUGCAUUUUGAUGAUGGGUGCUGUAGUUGGUGAUGAACUUCCAGGCCGUACGCUUAUUGGAUGCAACAAUAUUAUUGGGCAUCACGCUGUGGUGGGCAUUAAAUGUCAAGAUAUGAAAUACAAGGCAGGGAGUGAAUGUUUCCUUCAGAUUGGUGACAACAAUGAACUUAGAGAAUAUACAUCCAUUCAUCGAUCUUCACUGCCAAAUGAAAGAACGAUAAUUGGUGAUAACAAUCUUAUUAUGGGAUCUUGUCACAUCGCUCAUGACUGCAAAGUGGGUAACAACAACAUUUUUGCAAACAAUACUUUAUUGGCCGGCCAUGUUAUUGUGGAGGACUUUACUCAUACAGCAGGGGCGACUGUCAUACAUCAGUUUUGUCAUAUUGGUUCGUUUUCUUUCAUUGGUGGUGGCUCAGUGGUUUCACAAGAUGUACCGAAGUACACCAUGGUCUCUGGUGAACGAGCUGAACUACGUGGAUUAAAUCUAGAAGGCCUAAGGCGUCGUGGGUUUUCAGUUAUGGAGGUAAAGAGCCUCAGAGCAGCUUAUAGAAAAAUAUUUAUGCCUGCUGAUGGAAACUUCCAGAGCAUUGAAGACCGUCUGACUGAAUUGCAGAAGGAUGAGAAGUUGAGUCAAGUUCCAGCUGUCUGUUUCUUGGUACAAUCCAUUCGAGACUCCUUUGAAGAGGAACGUCGUGGAAUUUGCAAAUUUAGGUCCUGGGCUGGAUCUUGAUAUUAAAUGCUAGGUGAUUUCUUGUCGUCUUUCAGAAGUCCACCUGUGAAUAUAAAUGCUCUUGAAGUUCCAGUUUAUCUAAACUCAUUUUGUUUAAGCAACGCAAGUAGCGAUUUGCAUUCUUCAUUUUGCAUGGACAUGCGUCUGCAGUACCAUUUCUUUUGGAACUUGGGACCGACAUUGCCCUGGUUCCUGCCGCGGAUCUCCUGCAGCAAUUGUGAUUGGAGUUUUGCAUGAGAAUUCAGAAUUGAAAUUCUUUGUAGGUGGCAGUCUUGUUCAAUUGAAUCUUAACUGUAGCAGCUACUCAACAAUCCAGAUGAUUGAGAUUUUUCACAUGUUGAUAUUGGCUGCUGCGAGAAAUGAGUUUGAGCAGUAUUUAGUUAUUAGCAAUUCUGGGUAGAUGUUUAAUGUUGUAAAUGUAGAAUAGAUCUGUCCUCUGUUGGAUCUUCAUCUGAAAGUUUUCAUAGGGUAGGCUUUAUGUUUGCAAGUGAAGUGAAUGAGAGAGCAAAUCUUAUAUAUUUUCUUUAGAAAAAAAUCUUCUGUUGUUGUGGUGUGGAUUGUAAGUAUUUGAGAUUUAAUUGGUUAAUAUUUCAUAAUUCAUUA